UCACACAGAGACUGAUUCACGUUCCUGCUGCUGCUUCUGUUAUGACUGAUCUGUGCGAAUCGCUCAGAGACGAUUAGAUGAUCCUUCUGAACAAAACCAAACCAGUUCUAAAGCCCUAACCCUAACCCUAGCCUCAGGGAGACCAAAUGCCAGCUGACCUUUAACCCCUCUCCAAAAUGGAUGUCCGUCUGCAGGGCAACUCUCAGCUCCACUACGGCGUCAACGGCGGCGCCACUCGAAACUCUGGUCCCGGAGGAGACACUCUGAAGUUUCUGAGUCGAGAGGAGCAGGAGUGCCUCCAGUACUUUGAGGAAACCAUUGAGUCUUUGGAGGAUGGUAUAGAUGAGGAGCAGCAAAGGCUUGGCCAGAGGAGUCGCCCUGAACUCAACUGUCGGCCUUUUGACUCGGUUGACAGACAUGGAAGCCUGGCUCCGAACAGCGAGGUGUCGCCUAACUACAUAAUCGACCUGGUCCACUCAGAACCAGACUUGGUGCACGCUGCAGAGCCAGUCUAUAGCCCCGCCCAUCAAGAUUUUUACCACAUGCCCCACACUCCUGAAAGCAACUUUGAGGCAAAGCCCAGGCACAACGUGUUCCCCUCAGAGUAUAACCCUCCUUUACGAAGUGCAAGCUUUGGGACGACAGACAGCCACUCCUCCUACCACCCUCCAGGCAGUGUCCCCACUCCAGUUUUGAUUGCCCAGCAGCUUGCAGAGAACCAGGGAGAUGGAACAUCAAACUCGCAUCCUUCAUCUUUGCUCCGUCGCCUUAGCAUGGAGUCGGAAAAAACACCCAGAGACAGAUCAAAUAUUUCUGUGAAACACGGACCUGCUCCCUCAUCAAAGCCAGCCCACUAUCCUCCUAAUAUCCACGUGGUUCAUGGUGGAAAGGAGCCCCAAAUACCAGUGGCUAACGUAAACAUCCAUGAGCGACAGGAGCAGAUGUUGGCACACCUGGCAGGUACUUCCCACCCUCUGCUGCAACAUAUAGAAGACGACACUCGAAACAGUCCAUCUCGUAGUAUUUCCUUUAAAGACCCAGAGCCAGAUAAAUCCAGGAUGGAGGCCCUGUCAAAGCUGGGCUUGACAAGGGGCAGAGCUACAUCACUCCAAAUGAUACCUGACAGCUACUCACAGGAUCCUCACAAAGGUCCAGAUCCCAGAGUCUCAUCGCAGGACCGCAGUCUUACCCCAACAGCAAAAAUCAGCACUGACCUUCCACAACCAAAGUUGUCAAUGCCCCCUCCAGUCUGCUUUAAUGACAACAAGAAUACAGAGACGUUGCCCUCGCAUUCCUUCAGGGGCCACGAUGAGAGAAGCUCCCAGCUGGACCCUUCAUCUCCAACAAUGUCCCCUCCUCCAGCUGACAUCACCUCACCAGCGUUCAACACCUUUGGAGGGAAAUCCAUUGUGGUCCAUCCCUCUUUAUCCCAAAAGAACGAAGCUCCAAUCUCUCCAACUACCCCCGAACCCCAAAACCUUCCACUUGCACCUUCUAACCCAAUAGAGCUCAAUCCUUAUGGAGGAAAGUCAAAAGUCAUGACUUCUGCCAAUCUACCCGACAUCCUCAGCUCUCAUAUCGACACAAAGGAAACUAUUCCUGCCAAGCCAGAACCUCCGGCCGUCGAGCCAAACAAGUAUGGAGGAAAGAGCCGAACCUUUGACCCUGUUUCUGGGCUGUAUCGGACUUCAGAAAGCCGAGCUAAAAGUGUCAAACCUCCACCACCGACUCCAGCGCCUAGACCUCCUCGGCAGUCCUACCAUGGCAUGCUGCCUCCCCAGAAACCGCCAGCAAGGGCAUCUUCUCCUGAAUACAGGCGAAGGCCCAGCAGCAUGUUCCGUCCUCAAGGUAUCACCGUACAAUUUUGUGGACGAGGAGCCAUGAACGAAUCCCGCAGGGAGGCAUUGAGGAGACUAGGACUGCUGAAAGACUCUUAAUCAAGCCUUUGUAGGUUUAUCUCUCAGUCUCCAAUGACUGAACUAGAAUUUCUGCGUCGCUUUGCUAAUGGCAAUGGUAUGCAAAACGUUUCCUCUAUUGUCUUAGAACGAGGUGUGUCUGUAGGUAAACAGGCUUUUACAGAGGAAUCUUGGUACUUGACAGACCUGAAGGGCCACUCCUCACCGUCAGGCCUUAAAAAAACACAACACCUUUACUCAACUCGGCUUUCUCAAAAGAAAUCUCGGCUGGUUCAAGAUAUUCUGUGAAAUCUCAUCCAAGACGACAAUAUGUCUGAGUAAGACAUUGUGGGGGAAAGGGCAAUGCUUUGUUUUGUUAGUCUCACCUCGUUUUUAGCUCAAAUGUAAAUAUAUUUAACAUGGAGAAGGGAUUAGCUGCACAUUUUCCAACCGUUUGUCUGUCGGUUCUUAUUUGUGACCUUAAAUUAGCUGAAUUCUACGGUUAUCUGAAUUAUAUAGAUUCCUUUCUCAUUUUAUUCCAUUUUGUUCUCAAACUAUUUCUUUAAAUUAUGAGGCUGUUUCAUUUUUUUUGUUUUAUUUUUAAUUUUUUGUGUAUUUUUACCCAUUUUUUCAUUUAACCAACUUAAACUUUAGUCAACUGCAUUUUGGAAACAUGGCGGGAUUGGAAACAUUUUAUGCGCAGAUACAAAGCUAACUGCUGUUAGCACUUAGCUAUUAGCAAUACUUUGACAAUCGUAUCUAUUAAAUUUUUAAACAUAACAUCUCAACAGAAAUAGUGCAAACAAUUUAAGUGACUGAUUUAAUGUGAAAAACAAAUGGAGGUAAAAAUAAAUAAUUUAGUUAUGACCUGCUGUUAUCAGGGAGGCAGCCAUAUUGGAUUUUGAGAUCUGAUUUUCCAAUUCUUCAGUUUCAGUUGAUUUUUUUUUUUUUUUUGCAACAUAAACUUGCAAAUUCAAACUUUAAUUCAGCCAGACAACUCAGUUAUGCUAACUGGUAUUAGCAAAUAGCAAUAUUAGCAAUAGAGACAAUAGACAUGUAUCCAUAUAUAAACAUAACAUCUUUACUAACAGAAGUUGUAAAAUGUGAGGUGAAAAUAUAGAAAUAAAUACUGUAGAUAUGAUCACGUAUUAUAGAGGCAGCCAUAUUGGAUUUGUAGAUCCAACUUUCUGGCUCCUGUUUAUUUCUCCAACUUAGAAGUUGCAAAACCUCCAACUUCAAAUUGUACAUAAUAUUUUAUGCACAAAUUUAACAAUAAACAUCUAACAUACUCACAAUGGUUCUGUAAAAUUUAGAAAAUUCGCACUAAAAAUAGUUUUAUUAUUUACAAAGUUAAAUGUGUUGAUAGAUUCUGUAGGUUGGUAAUGAUUUUUUUUUCUUUAGAUGUGCUUUAUCAAAAUAUUACCCAUGGCGUAAUUGAAAAGUUUCGAAACAUAUAAAUGUGUAAGUCUUUUUUAUGAUUGUUUACCUUCUGGACAUUUUAGUGAGCAGUUCAAUUUUCUUUAUUGGAUCAAAGCUUUGGGAAAAACUCCAGGAACUUUUCUAUACUGCAGUUUUAUUACCUCUAAUGACUGAAACUUACGGCGCAAGGAGGAAAAACAAACAACGCAGUUAAAGAAUUCUGCGAGAUGCGUUGAUGCAAACGUGCAAUUUCUCUGGAGAAUGUGGAGCUGGAUGGUAUUUUUACUCCUCAGACAAACAUCCAACACUCAACCACAAACUGCUGCAGUGGGAGAGAGGAGAGAACUGGGACGUCUUUACCGUUUAAAAACUACUCUCACUGCAGAACUGCAGCUGUAAAACCACCCAGCCUACAAAUACAUCGCGGGUUACUGUUUGAAUCUGGCAAUAACUUUUUAAAAUGUGCGCGUGUGUGUGUGUGUGUGUGUGUGUGUGUUCUGACUCCGGCCUCUGUAGUUCACCUACAGUAACUUUUGAAGUAUAUUUAGUAAAUUUUAUUUACGGACUCCGGUUCUCUGUAGCUCAUCUACAGUCUCUGAAGUAUAAAUGUUGCACAAACAAACAGAAGAUAAUGAUGUUCUGCUGAAAACACCAGGAGGAAACAUGAGCAUUAAAUCUUAAAAUGGACACAAACUGCCGUAUGAAAGCUGCUGCUAGCCUGAAAUGUCCUGGUAACAUAUAUAUAUCUUAACAUAUCUAUUGUCAUUUUUUCCCUUAUAAAGUAUAAUAACAUGAGUCUUCCUGUUUUGUGUUGAAUGUGGGAAAUAAAAACCUUCAGUUUAAUAUCGUUUAAACUAUUUUAGGUCAGUUAUGAUUAUCCAAAUAUUCCUGUUUGCUAAAUGUGAAAAUAAACUUUUUUUUUACUUUA